CUUGUCUUCCUCUAUUCUUGACCCCAUCUCCAAGACAGUGCAGCCUCAUGCAAGUCUGGCUUUGGGACACGCUAGGAUUUUUUCAUGUUGUGGUUUUGUUGGGGUAGUUUCCAUCUAUAUGUCCGCUAGAACUGGUCACCAGACCAGAGUGUGUGUGUCACAUCUCAUUCUGUUUGUUGACCAAGUGUGAUUCCCCGCCAUCGCCCAUGGUCUUGAUGUCAUGGAAUGUGUUGGACAGAAUAAACAACAACACUAGUUACACAAGUCUAGUUACACAAAUAAGUUUGAUCCAGGAGUUGAGUAGACGGUGUAGAAAAGUAGACGGUGACCUACGGAAGCAUGAUCCUCUUUUGUGACAUACUGCAUGCUUGUUUUGUGUUUUGCCUUUGGCCUAUUGGACUUUGUGGGGUUAGUUGUGUUUGUAUUUUUCAUUUCUCCAGCCCAGCAACCUUGUGAUUGUGACUUUUCUCCGUCGGUGCUAUAAGCGUCUCAUACCUUGUUUUGUCCUGGUAUUUUUCAGUGCAGUAGUGAUUGUUGAGCCACACAGUUGACUCCUUCAGCUGCAUAACUUUUUAGAAAUAGUUUUUGGCUCGGUUUGGUUUUGUAUUUUCCUACAAUCAAAUCAUUUUUUAACUUUUAAGCCUCCAUUUUGAGCUAUUUCCUCACCCAGAUCCCUCAUCAGCAGAAACGUCUCAGGUGUAUCCAGUUUUCAGCUGACAAGACACCACCAUCCAAAUGAGUGAAAUUAUAAGUUGUCAUUGGCUGCAGAACCAAACUCACAAUUUCCUUUACUGUUUUGAAAAUCAAAUCCAGGCUAAAACAAAGUUGGAAAGAAAGGAUGCUCCAGUCCACUGAAAAAGAGCUACGUGGUACAAUGCAGAUAGCAGAAAUGUAUUUCUUCACAUCCUAAAUCGUCCAGUGGUUUCAGUAAUAAUAAUAAAAAAACAGCGUGACAGCAUUAACAAUGAUAUGUUGAAGAUCUUGGACCGUGUUAGCGUCUAGACCAGGAAGGUUAAACUACUAUUGGACAAAUUGUUUUCCCUGCUGUGCUUGUGAUGGAUUCCCACUCUUAUUGUGGCAAAGUUGUCGGUCUGGGAAGACGGCCACACUCUUUGAUUCUGAAAUAUUGUCCAGAAACAGAUGUUCUCCACUAAUGUUCCGCAAAGCUCAACAUUCCAGCUAUCAAAGUCAAUUGUGCAAUGAAAUAUGCUGCAGAAUGUCCAAUUCUUUUAUCGCUGGAGGGGGUGAAAACCGUGUUUGACCACAGUUCUGUUUUCAACUAUUAAUCUCUGUCUUUUAGAGGGCAGCAACCUAAUUUUGUUCAAACAACUCUUUGUUUUGGAAAAUCAAUAAUGAACAAAAGAGAUAUAGCCUUCUUUUUCUUCGGAAAUAUAGGAAUAAACAUCAGCUUGGUGCUUUCUUCACAUCUGAACAGUCGACUAUAGGAUUGGUUAUUUUGUGAAGUGCACCAGGAGAAGAUGCACAAGUGUAUUUCUGUUCUUUACAGUCCUGUUGAUUCGCACCGUGGAUGAGAAUACGCUCAACAGACGACAGAUACUGACUGAAACCUUUGCCUAAACAACCACUCCCCGCCUGCAACAAUGGCUGUGGUCAUUCCUGAAGAGUUGGAAUUAAACGGUGAGAGAAAACAUCUCUGGAAAUGAGCAGAUGUAGCCAACCUGUCAGAACACAACAGCUUGAAUGAACUGCUCCACAUUGAGUCCAAACUGAUGGUCAUGAGGGUGAAACUUUGAGUGAGUUAAUUCAAAGAGGGUAUGAGAAAGAAAGCAAAAUGAAAGCAGACGCUCAGAAGAAGCAAAAUAGGGUGCCAUUUAAGUUCAGCGGCAUCCAGCGGGCCAGAUGCUCCUUUGUGCGCACAACUCUGAGACUGUGUGGGUCGCAGCCAGAGAAGAAAAAGUUGGGGUUCUGUACUUUUUUGUCGCCGUAGAGUCGUUCACAUUCAAAAAAGCAUGGUCCCAAUUUUUGGCGCAACAGUGUCUCAGCAGGAGAGAAGAAUCAGCACUCUUUGGUGGUUUGGUGGUUGCGUGGUCAAAAAUCACCUGCUGACUCAGUAUUUCCAUGUUUGAAUUGUUACUAGCUUGCAAAGGAUUUUGGUUCCGAGCUCAUCUGUUCGGUGGCUAGGAAGUGCAAGUCCAAAACCGCCACAGUUGAUGCUCUAAACCUCCACUUAAGGCAGAGGUGGGGAAUUAAAUUUCCUAAAGGGCCACAUUAGAAACUGUAACAGUUGUGAGGGGCUAUCAUCAAAAGAAAGACAGCGAUGACUACAAAACAUGAUGAAAAAAUAUCCCAAAUAUAUACUUAAGUCACAAGGGCAAAAUGAACCUAAGAAGAUUAAAUGUAAGGAUAUUAAGAAGUGUAAAUAUGCCAUGAAACCGAUUGAAAUACUUCAUUUUGCAUGCAUUUUGAAAAUAAAUCAACAUAACUAUGGACCAAUAUAUUUUCAAUAUUCCUUCAAUGUAUUUUGAGGAACAAGAAAAACACACAAAAAUACGAAAAUUAUAGUCUUCAAACAAGAACAUGCUAUAUUUACUGCUGAAGUGGUGGUGGUGACUAAAAGAGAAAAAAACAAAAAAAUCAGAAAAAUGUCAACAUAUCAGUUUUAGUUUUAGUCAAAAGGACCAUGAAAAUACAGGCAUUGGGCCACAUAUGGCCCCCAGGCCGCACUUCGCCCAGGUCUGGCUUAAGGUGUAGUGAGGAGCUUUGUCACGUGCCAGGUUGACCCGACUCUGUACCUUCCCAGGAGCAACAAACUGAGGCAAGCUCCAUGAGUGACCCUUCACCUCCAUGAUGGUUUGGCACACUCAGAAUCUUAUGUAGCUGAGAUAAGGGAAGUUUGGGAGUCCAAGGUGAAACUAUUGCCCUGGAACUGUCUCAGACAGGGUUUCUGUUCUCUACAGAUCUUGAAGAUGUGAGUUGAAGAAUAGUUAAUGAACACAAGUUUUCCGUGAAGUUUUUCGAUUCAUCAAACUUGUGUUUUGGCACCAGGGUCUCACAAGGCUGCUAAAAGCAAAACAUGCCGCCCUGUUACAACCGUCGUGCCCGUCCUCCCAUUGUGUCCUGUUGCUCUGAGCCACUGUGAAGGAGAGGAGGGCAAUGUGGACUCAUUUAAUCACUGGAGCUCAGCCAGACACACACAUACGCUGGUACAAACACACACACUCACAGAGACCUAUAGCACGCUCCUUCAUCCCACCUGCCAAUAGCAAUAAUAUGUGUCCUUCACUUAUCAUUUUCUAUCAUCAAUAUCAUUAUGCCCGCCACACAGCCAGGCUGGCCGGUCCAGGACGCCUCACCAACCCACACAUAAACACCAAACAUCUCCGUGUCCAGACUGCCAAGCACUGCAUUCCUCCUGACUUCUUUCUUAAUAAAUGUGAUCCCAGAUUCAGGGAGAGAGAGAGAGAGACCAGUGCUGUGCAUUAAAAUUCAUAGGAAAAAUGGCAAUAAAAUCUUUCUCUCUUUUCUGCUUCACACUCGCUACACUCACCCAUCUCUCUUUUUCGUUCCCUCACUUGCACACACACACACACACACACAUAUCCACUCUAAUUUUUUUCAUGGCGGCUGUUCACUAUCCCUCCUACUGGCUCGUCUUUCUCAGCAUCCCCCCUGCUGUCCUUCAUCCUUUAUUCUCUUCCUGCUCCCUGCCCCCUUUUGCCUUCCCUCUGUCUCGCUCUCUCUCUCGCACACACACAAACAUAUUUUUAUAUUUAUAUUCUUUCCCACACACACAUGGUUUCCAACUGCACCUCUGGCAGGUUGUGAUUUCCACUGUCAGAAAUUGCUUUUUCAAUAUCUCUCUCUCUCUCUAAUUAUGAGCCCUGCUAAGGGUCGUGCCACUGGAAUACCAAUUUCUGGCACUGCUUUCGCCCCCCUUUCUCACAAAAAUAUUUCGCUUUUUCAUGAAGUCAGACCUGGUAGAAUAAUCAUGUUUACAGGGACAACAACCUGACUGGUUAUCACAAGUUCCCCUUUGAGAAAGUAUUCAGUCUCAUGGAGAUGAAUUUUCAGCCUAAACGUGAGGCGAAUAUUAAAACAAAGACAGUUGGUGGAGACUCCAGAGCUGCAGGUUUAAAAAAAACAACAACUCCUCUUUAUUGUUGAAUUUACUGCUCAUUCCUUUAGGGUUUAUAGCUGUCGAGCUCAUAGUAAGACUUUUUCUACGCUGUAGUUUGUGGGUCUACAUCAUUCAUAUCCAUUAUCAGUUUUAAUUAUGAUGUAAUUACUUAAGCUCCGCCUCCAUCUACUCACAGUAAAAAGGUUCAAUGCAGUGUUUGCAUGAGCUGGCUCUGCCAAAGUGGGUAUCCUCAGGGAACUCCAGUUUGCUCCCCAUGGGUCAAACACCGAUAAGGUUAUGGGGAUAAAGGAAGAAGUAGCUCAGAGAUGGAUGUGGAAGUUUCCUGGUGGCACUAAGUGGAUUCAAGGCACAAGGGAGUUGAAAUAAUAGAUGCUUAUGUUGUUUUAUUUGGCAGAGACUGUCACUGCCAAAUGGCAAGUUUUAUAAAAUUGAGUCUUCACAAUCCUAUCCUAAAUUUGUGAUAUGCACGAUACGAUGAAGGAUUGAGUUACUCAUGGUCAUUCAGAAAAGAUCUGACUAUUUUUAAGAUUCCUUGGACUAGGUGUGUUCCAUCAUGCAGAACAGAGAAAAAAGGGCAUCUGCCACAGGGUAAAAACAAAAUGAUAAAAUUCAUGUUUAUACUGUUGGACUGGUUUAUUUGGAUUUACAAAACUGAACUAAACAACGAGUUAGUAUGCUUUUUUCAUAACCUCAUGACACCUGAGAGUGAGACGGGCUGUGGCAAGGACCUUGUGAGCACCAGAGGACGCCCUGUCAGAUACCAAAAUACAGCGAGGUGAAAUUAGAGGAAGAGAGUAACUUUUUUUCUGAAGGGUUCCUGCAAAAGGGCCACAUUUCUCUGGUAGAGACUGAGCACCAUGAGGGCUCUAUCUGUGCUGAAUAUAUCUUUUUAGAUCUAUCAUUUUAGAUGUGUGAAUGACCCAUUAUUAUCGAGUCAAGUUCAGUGAAAUCUAUAACUUCUUCACGAGUCAAAGAGUUUUCUGUUUAGAAGAUCAGUGUUGCCAUCUACACUAUAGGCAAAAAUCUUUCAAAUCAUAACCCAAGAACUGCCUGCAAAAUCUGCAGUGAAAGGGAAUAAUAGGGGAUAUUAAUGUAGCGAUGAACAUUCGACAUACCUCCAGCUUCAGGAAAUGCCCUCUGUGGGUCAUUUUCUGGAAUAACAAGAUCUUGUGGUUUUCCAGAACGUGUUUCGCAACUCCAGAAAUGUUGUGCAGUGGAAUGUGACCACGGGCCGCGAGUGGCCCUCAGGCCUGACUUUGGAGACACCGAUCGCCAGAAGGCGGGUCAUUACCACGUCAAUCAUUCCGUGAUGAUUGACGGAUGACAAUGCAGCGUUAGAAGUCAGUGUUCUGCACCUCCUCGGCUCUAAUCGCGUCUCAUGGUCCGAGGUUGCGCACCUUCAGCGCCGUCUGUUGUCGGUGGACGCGCAGCCGCGCCCGAGUGUGCGCUCAAUAUUAGAACAUAACAAACACACACAGCGAGAAGUCUGCUGCCACCCGGCACCGCUGCACUGUGGGCUUUCUGGAGUCUUGACGACUUGCGGUGAGAGAAGAGGAAAACCGCUGAAUCCCGAUCCAGCGACGCGUCCUCCAUCGCGCCGCCGACGCAGGAAAGGGUUAAACCUCACGCCGCUCCUCGGUGGAGCCGCCGUGAUGGACGUGUGAAGCCUUGUGGCACCAGCCCCGACCAAUCGCGGAAGAGCCAGCUUCCCCACGUGGGCUCUCUUGGCACUGAUUGGCUCUCCCUGGUCAUGUUUACUGCGCCUCGGCCGAACCCCACGUGGAGAUCUCAUUCAAUCUCUUUCUUUAAUUCCAAAUAACGAUCUAAACAAACUAUCUACCCGAACCAGUGAUAUUCGACUUCAGUUCGGCGACAGAAACCCUCCACUCGCCAUUACGACCCAAAUCUAUUGACCGCCAACGCAAGCCCGUAUUGACUGUGUUUGCGGUGGAAAAACCAGGGGUUUAUUGUUGUUUAUUUCGGAGAAACAAGGGCGUGUGGGGGCAGCAAACCGCCUCCUUUAAGAACGCUACUCCUAUGUAACGUCCCGGCGAGGAUCAGAGGAGGGGGAGUGUUGUGUGAAAGGGCCGAGCGGAGACAAAAGAGGCUGCGGCUGCAUUCACUGCUGCUGCUGCUGCUGCUGAGUUCGUCUCUCGAGCCGCAAACUCGACCGCACUCGCGCUCUCUGCGGCGGGAUUUGUACCGGAGAAGGAAACGCGCUCGUGAUAGCACGAGGCACCGCGCGGCGACUCGGAGGAAGCCUGUGUGUUGUAGCCGGCGUUGGCGCUGUCCCCCCUCGGGUUCUGGUGCUCGGUGCAGGGCUGGAGGUGGGAACCCAGAACAAAGAAGUGUCGAAGCGAGCCUCAACUAGCUUCACCACAACCGUCGGAACUGGGGCUCAAUGCCUUUGUGAGAGAGAGGGAGAGAGACCGGAACGUGAGCUGCUACUCCCCUGAAGGUUUCUAUCUCAGCCCGGAGUCGGAAGGACAAAAAGAAGUGGUGAAGAUGUUCCCUCAAAACCGACCACCAGCCCCUCUACAGCCACCUCCGGGGUCCUCUGCCUCUGUGGUGGCAGCUGCUGCAGCGGCGGCAGCGGCAUCAGGGACACCCCAGUCCCUAAAACUAACCUACCCAGAGACUCUGGACCGCAUCAAAGAGGAGUUUCAGUUCCUGCAGACACAAUAUCACAGUUUGAAACUGGAAUGCGAGAAACUUGCCACAGAGAAGACGGAGAUCCAGAGACACUAUGUUAUGUACUACGAGAUGUCCUACGGCCUCAACAUUGAAAUGCACAAACAGACGGAGAUUGCCAAGCGAUUGAACGUGAUCUGUGCUCAACUCAUCCCAUUCCUGUCACAGGAGCAUCAACAACAGGUGGUCCAGGCAAUGGAACGCGCCAAACAGGUGACCAUGGGGGAGUUAAAUGCUUCGAUAGGGGUACGUGGGCUCCCCCCUCUGCCUCAUAGCCAGCUCCAGGCCCAGCAUCUCUCCCAGCACGCACAGAGUUUGCCUGUGGGUCCACAUCCGUCGGGACUGCCCCACCCUGGUCUGGCCCUUGGUGGAGGGUCUGGCCUUUUGGCCCUCUCUGGAGCCCUGGGUGCCCAGUUGGCUGCUAAAGAUGAGCGAGCACACCUGGAGGCCGCUGCUGCAGCUGCAGCUGCUGCAGAGCACCAUAGAGAUCGUGACGCAGGACCUAGCUCUCUGUCCAAUGGGGAUAAGGGUCGACCGACAGACUACCUCAGCAACGGCAAGAAGAGGAAAGCUGAUGAGAAAGAGUUCAUGACCGAUUAUGGUAGCGAUGCAGACAAGAGUGACGACAACUUGGUGGUGGACGAGGACCCAUCUUCCCCGCGCAGCGUGCAGUCGUACUCAUCUAGGGAGAACGGACUUGACAAGAUUCCUCCGUCUCGGAAGGAAGGCCCACCUCAGGCUAGUCCCACAUCCCUGGCCUCUUCCAGCAGUGCUGCGUCACCAUCACGUGGGAAGGAAGCGCCACAGAGAGAGAAAUCCAGCACUCCUGGGAUGAAGCCCGGCACACCUAUGUCACAAGAGUCAAACACCCCUGGACCCAGUGGACCGCCCCAGUUCCGACCCAUUCCGGGGAAACCUGGAGUCGACCCUCUUGCCCUGGGUCUGAGGAACCCCCUGGCGGUUCAGGGAGCGUAUCCGCCAGGUGCUUUUGGCCUGCCUCCUCCAGGAGUGAACGGGGACCUGCCUGGGGCGGCGGGCUAUGGAGCAGGUCUGCACUUGGUCUCCCCUCAGAUGAAUGGAGCUGCUGCGGCGGCGGCGGCGGCGGCUGCUGCUGCCGCGGGCUACGGACGGUCCCCCGUGGUAGGAUAUGAGUCUCCACACCCUCAUAUGAGGGUCCCUGGGCUGCCCGCCAGUCUGCAGUCAGCCGCCUCUGGAAAACCAGCCUACUCCUUCCACGUGAGUGCGGACGGCCAGAUGCAGCCGGUGCCCUUCCCCCCGGACGCCCUGCUGGGUCCAGGGAUCCCUCGCCACGCCCGGCAGAUCCACACCCUCAACCACGGAGAGGUGGUGUGCGCCGUCACCAUCAGCACCUCCACUCGACACGUCUACACCGGCGGCAAAGGCUGCGUCAAAGUGUGGGACAUCAGCCAGCCCGGAACCAAGAGCCCCAUGGCCCAGCUGGACUGUCUGAAUCGGGAUAACUACAUCCGCUCCUGCAAGCUUCUGUCAGACGGCAGGACGCUGAUCGUGGGCGGCGAGGCCAGCACUCUGUCCAUCUGGGACCUGGCCACGCCCACUCCUCGCAUCAAGGCGGAGCUGACGUCCUCCGCUCCAGCCUGCUACGCCCUGGCCAUCUCUCCCGACAACAAGGUCUGCUUCUCCUGCUGCAGCGACGGCAACAUCGUGGUCUGGGACCUUCACAACCAGACGCUGGUCAGGCAGUUCCAGGGUCACACAGACGGAGCCAGCUGCAUCGACAUCUCCAACGACGGCACCAAACUGUGGACGGGAGGCCUUGACAACACUGUCCGCUGCUGGGACCUCCGAGAGGGACGGCAGCUCCAGCAGCAUGACUUCACCUCACAGAUCUUCUCUCUGGGUUACUGCCCAACUGGCGAGUGGCUGGCUGUGGGCAUGGAGAGCAGCAACGUGGAGGUUCUGCACGUCUCCAAACCUGACAAGUAUCAGCUGCAUCUCCACGAGAGCUGCGUUCUCUCUCUCAAGUUCGCCUACUGUGGAAAGUGGUUUGUGAGCACUGGCAAAGACAACCUCCUGAACGCCUGGCGGACUCCCUACGGCUCCAGCAUAUUCCAGUCUAAAGAGUCGUCGUCGGUCCUCAGCUGCGACAUCUCUCCAGACGACCAGUUCAUUGUCACCGGCUCCGGCGAUAAGAAGGCCACCGUCUACGAAGUCAUCUACUGAGCCGUGAUCGGCUGUGAAGAAAAAGAUUUAUAAAGUAGGGGGCGGAGCCACGGCCUCUCCCUGGACCAGUGACUGUACAGCGCGUGGGUGGCGUGGGGACACUAGACUCGUACUUUACUUUGUCUGUUACAGAUGGUAAGAAUCGGGCGCACAAAGUCACAUCUCUGGAAAAAAAACAAGUGUUUUUAUGCUCUGAAGGCGCUCAUGGUUUACAACGCCGCUAUUGUGGAAUUUGUCCAAAGACCUUUUUGUUGUCAUUUAUUUUCUAAAAAACAAAAUAAAACCUCUGUAGUGAAAAAUAAAUUAGUCAAACAUAUUUUUUUAGCAUUGGAAUUCUUUGCAAGCAGGUGGGACCACAGGUGAUGGAACGAGAGGCAAAUGAGAGGAGACAGAAGCGGGAAAGUUUCCGGGUGGAAACACAGUGCCCAUUUUCAAUCUGGCCCGCUCCGGUCCAGCCUGGACCACAAGCACAUGUCGGCUCCUCGGGGCAGCAGAUGUGUAGCAGAUGGCUGAACCGAGUUCUGUGAGGUUCCGGAGAUUUUUAAUUUCCCUCCUGGUUUAAUUUCAGCAGCAACAUGAUUGUAUCAUCCACACACACACACACACACUCAAACAUGUUAUAGCAGACAUCCUCCUUGCUUUUUUUAAAAAAAGAAAACCGGACUACAGUCAGAAAACCUCUCCUCCAGACAUCUUUAUCAAUUUUGGACUUCAAAUAUGCUUUUUCUACCUUUGGUUGUCAGGCCACAUCUGUUUUCACUGCAUUGUUCCUGUACAUGGAUGUGUAAAUAAA